GUCUCAAAUAAAAAAAUGAAUGAUUGAAGAGAAAUAGAUUCUUUCUUUCUACAGGAGGAGGAGGAGGAGGAGGAGAAGCGCCAGCAAGCCAAGCAGGAAGCAGGGCAGCAGCAAAGCAAUCCAACAACAUGAUGGGUCCAGUAAUUAGCAGUAGAGACUGUGGUAGCAGAGCUGCUGCAGUCCCUCUCGUGGUUUCCUCCAAAACCAAAGCUCAAACUCACCCACCAGCAUCACUUGUUCUUCCCUUUUCAAUUCCCAAAUCCCAACUCUCUCUUUUCAAUAUUCACCACAAAUUCUACCGUAGUAGAAGAAAUGGGGUGGCUCAAAGCAGCCCCAAAAUGGUUACAUGCUCCGCCUCCGCUGAGAAAAAUAACUCUGCGGCAAAGAAGUUGCGUCUCAUCCUUGACUCUCCUGGGGUUCACCAGGGCCCUGCUUGUUUUGAUGCUUUAAGUGCUCUGCUUGUCCAGCGAGCUGGUUUUGAUUAUUGUUUCACCAGUGGAUUUUCGAUAUCGGCAGCUAAAUUGGGGUUGCCUGAUACUGGAUUUAUUUCCUAUGGAGAAAUGGUGGAUCAAGGCCAACAAAUUACUCAAGCUGUAUCCAUUCCUGUCAUUGGAGAUGCCGAUAAUGGAUAUGGGAAUCCCAUGAAUGUUAAAAGAACUGUUAAGGGUUAUAUUAGAGCUGGCUUCGCCGGGAUCAUCCUUGAAGAUCAGGUGUCUCCAAAAGCUUGUGGCCAUACGCGUGGCAGAAAAGUGGUGUCUCGGGAGGAAGCCAUAAUGCGGAUAAAAGCAGCUGUCGAUGCACGGGAAGAGACUGGAUCAGAUAUUGUUAUUGUGUCACGAACUGAUUCUCGUCAAGCAGUGUCUUUGGAUGAAUCUCUUUGGAGGUCAAGAGCUUUUGCUGAUGCUGGAGCAGAUGUCCUUUUCAUUGACGCACUAGCUUCAAGAGAAGAGAUGAAAGCUUUCUGUGAAAUCUCUCCCUUAGUUCCAAAAAUGGCCAACAUGCUUGAAGGAGGAGGAAAAACACCAAUACUCACUCCUUUUGAACUUGAGGAGGUUGGAUAUAAACUUGUGGCCUACCCUCUUUCCUUGAUCGGGGUAUCUAUAAGAGCUAUGCAGGAUUCACUAGCUGCCAUCAAAGGAGGUCGUAUCCCUCCUCCUGGCAGCAUGCCAUCUUUUGAAGAAAUAAAGGAUAUCUUAGGUUUCAACACUUACUAUGAAGAAGAGAAGCAGUAUGCAAUUAGCAGCAGUCAAAUGGCUAGGCAGAGAGCAAGCAGUAAUGUUUAUGGCAUACAACGGAGGACUCCAGAUGAUACAGAGCAAAGAAGUCAGAGUCCUCAAGAUCCUGUUGUUGAAGUGAUCACUCCAGAAGUAUACGGUGGCUAUGGUGCAGAUAAUUCAAGAGGUCCUUUUUCUGGGAUCUGGUCUCGAACAUUGAGAGUCAAAAUAACUGGAAGAGAUGGAUUUGAAAAACUUGAUGUUAGGAUUCCAGCUGGGUUCUUGGAGGGGAUCACAAAUAUAGUUCCAGCUUUGGGAGGUGUGAACAUUAAAGGACUCUUGGAUGAUGCAGCUGAGGAAGUAGGAGGCAAGCUCUUGUUAGAUUUUAAUGAUACAGUUGGUGACAGGAUUCAAGUAUUUCUAGAAUAAUUUUUCACAAGUUGAAUAGAGAAGAGAAGCCCUACGUGCCUUGAGACAAAUACCAAGAAACAGAAUGCAGGUUUGCUAAAGAUGAGUAUAUGUAGGGUUUGGACUGAAACACAGACACUUGAUAAAUUGUAAAGAUUGAGGUACUGCAAAAAGAUCUCAGGGAGGUGGUUGUGAUGCCCCUUUAGUUUAUCAGAAGGGAGACAAAACUGAAAUGAGUAUCCAAUCAUUUGUGAAGCAUGUUGAAACUGCUAAUUAAAGUGAAUUGACAAGCAAUCUGGAAAGGUCAGGGGCGUUUUGAGGUGUUUUGGCCCCAAUAUUUUCUA